AUGAAUAUGACACUCUACAGUUCCCAGCUCCCAGCCGCAUAUCCAGAUGGUUUGGGAAUUCCACUCGCACCUCAAGCUAUACUCAACAUAGGCUAUCCUAAUGUUGACAUAUACCCUGGUCACCUUUACAAUAAGUUAGAUGUUUCCACCAUGCCUACUAUCAGCGUCAGUCCUGUGACCACUACUGUGAAAAACUUUACAGCCCCCAAUGUCUUUACACUCCUCAUGUCAGACACCAAUACGCUUGGAAAACCUGAUGCACAGUUAGUGGACGUCAAUGAAGAAUCAGGAACCUUGGUAACUCCUUACAUGGGGCCCGAUCCACUUCCCAAGACAGGAGAACAUCGUUAUGCGUGGCUCUUGUUUGCUCAACCAUUGGGAUUUAAGGCUCCUGCAGACUUAUCAAUUAAUGCUGGACCAGGGUAUUGGGACUUGAUGUCAUAUGUGGCUACAACUGGAUUAGGUGAUCUAGUAGCUGCGAAUUUUUUUAGCAUCCAAAAUACAAAUGCCACUUCGGAUUCCGCACCCGCACCCGCAUCUGCUAUGGCCGAAACCAACAAUUCUACUGCUUUUCAAUCUCCUCAAGAGUUUGCUGCAUCUCUAAGAGCUAAAAAGAAUUUGGCACAGGGUCAACAUGCCCAUUUGACUGAUUUGAUCAAAGGUCUUGUUAUCGCAAUUGGAAUCUAUUGCAUGAGUUCCUUACUGGUUUAA